UAUAAGGUUUGUUAGAGCUUAAUGUUGUUCUUCAAACAAAGUAAAAAACUGGAGUGUAUUUUUCACCUUUAUUUCGUGCGGCAAUGGUUUCACUGUGCUCCAAUUAAGGGGGAGACGCCAGGCAGUGGGCAGGGAUCAAACUCCCAUUUAGGGGAAAAGGAAAGUUGGUGUUGGCGUAGAGGAGACUGCUUUUUCAAUAAAGAACCACCUUUGGAGAGACAUGGUGGGACCAGCGAGGCCUCAGUUCGUUCUCUUCGGAUCCUCCAUUGUUCAACUCGGCUUUGGCCAGGGGGGUUGGGGUGCCAUUCUUGCUGAUAUCUACGCUCGCAAAGCAGAUAUUGUGUUGCGAGGGUAUUUUGGGUGGAACUCACGACGUGCUAUCCAGGUCCUUGAUCAAGUUUUUCCCAAGGAUGCUGCUUUACAGCCUUCUUUGGUGAUAGUUUAUUUCGGUGGUAAUGAUUCUAUGGGGCCUCACUCAUCUGGCCUAGGCCCACAUGUACCACUUCCUGAAUAUAUUGAGAACAUGAGAAAGAUUGCAACUCAUCUCCAGAGCCUUUCAGAGAAAACACGCAUCAUUUUCUUAAGUUGUCCUCCUGUCAAUGAGCACAAGAUUCACGGAAACACAAGUCAAUUUUUCAGUGAGCUAGUCAGAACAAAUGAGUUAUGCCAAAGCUACUCAGAAGCUUGUAGAAAGCUAUGUCAAGAAAUGGGCGUGGAAGUUGUUGAUCUAUUUAGUGCACUUCAGAAAAGAGAUGAUUGGAUGGAUGCUUGCUUCACAGAUGGGGUUCAUUUAUCAGCUGAAGGAAGCAAGAUAGUUGUUGGGGAGAUACUAAAUGUGCUCAAGGAAGCUGACUGGGAGCCAUGUCUGCACUGGAAGUCUAUACCGACCGAGUUUGCAGAGGAUUCGCCAUAUGAUCUUGUUGCUGCUGAUGGAAACACAACCUCGAAUCCUUCGGAGUGGACUUUCCACUGGGAGAAUCAGUGGGACUAGUUUGUAGAAUCCCGGAUUAACGAUCCUCUAGUAUACAUACCUACAUAUAAAGUUUAUGGACUAUAGAUCUUAAGUAAUACUAGGGACAAAUCUCAAAUGUACAAGCUUUGUGCAAGCCUUUUGUAAAACUGUGGGCCUCAUCAAGAAAAAAUGAGUUUUUCAUACUUUUCUAUGAUGAGGCCAUUUUUUUAUAAAGUAUUUGCACGAGACUUGUGCAUAUGAGGCUUAUAUAUAUCGAUCUAACUCUGAAAUUCGCUGAAUUCCAUUUCAGUUGGAGCAUUACAAUGUUAAAAACCAUAAGCUGCACUGAAAUCGGUUCUCCAAUUUUAUUUGAGAAUAUUAUCAUAAUCUUCUUCUUCUUC